AUGGCUUUGCAGCUGCAUGGGCGAGCUCGGUUCCCAGCUUGGCUCACUGGAUUUUCGUUCCUGCGCCGCCUGCGUUCUGUGCAGGUCAGGCUUCUUGCAAGCAGUCGAGGCUGCUCCGCUUUCAGGGCUCGGCAAGCCGGAGACGACAGUUUCCAAUUCAUGCUGCAGGGCUCCCCACUAUCUCGUGAUGUCCAACGAUGUGCAACCUGUCAGCAGCUGCGUGAGGGGGCCUGCCACGACCGUUUCUUCCUUCUUUCCCUCAGGCACCGAGUUGUUGACAUCUCCGUGCCGGGCCAGGCCAAGGGGUUCAAAGGAGUUCGGGCAGCGGCAGCGACGGGAGCGAGUCGAGCAUGGCGCGCAUUUCUCCAGGUGCCAAUUGCACCGGAGGACCAUGCGGAGUUGGAGGCCGCGCUGCCACGGGAUGUCAGGGUGGCAAAGCAGAGCAUGCAACUAGUGGAGAAGCCGAGCCGCAGCCACCUGAAACUCCGGGAAGCAUUUCGGGCCGCUGUGGAUGUGAAUGCCAGCACAGUCCAACAGUCUGAGGUGAAGGGAGGUUUGGCGCUGCUGGCGCUCUGGGAAAACUUCAGCUGGCUCGACCGCUCAGGUGCGGAGCAUGAGGCCGUAGCCGUGCAGGGGGAAUUGAAUGCGCGGCUUCAGCGCCUGGAGAAGAGCCACCAGGAUGAGGUGGCGGACCUUCGGCGCGAGAUUGCUGAGUUGAGGGCGGCUAUGGCAUCGAAGCCUUCCCUGCCACGUGCCGCUGAUGCCGCGGACGUGGACGUAGAUCCUCCAGACCAAGCCACCUUGCCGGCCAGCCGGGAGGGGCUCGGUGCAAAUCGAGCUCAGACCCUUGAGGCACCGUCCAAGGUCCCCCGGCAGGCUCAGCCAAAAGGGGCUGCGCAAGGCCUUUGCAACAUCUUUGUCAUGUGGAACUAUCCCAGCGGGCCGCCGAUGUUCAUUUCAAAGAACUUGGAGUCAUGGCUGCACUACUCGCAUGGACGUUGCCACUUCCCGUGGAUGAUCAACGAUACCAAUAUCCGAGCAUUUAUUCCGGAUUUGCCAGCAGAGUUUGAGCGCAUGCCAUACGACGCCGCCAAGUCUGACAUUGUCCGGUACGCACUGCUGUAUCAUCAUGGUGGGAUGUAUCUGGAUACUGAUUUUCUUGUAGCAAAAGACUUGGCCCCCAUUUUGGAUCGCAUCAACGACCACGACCUGAUUUCCUACACGACAUCGGGCCAGUCAUGUCGUCGCGGCAGUUUCAGUUCUAAUUUCCUUGCUGGUCGGAAAGGCAGCUUGCUCUACAAAGCAGUGUGGGAGGGCCAGAAACACGCAAUGACCAGCCACUGUGAUGACUCGUUGAAGGCCAACGAAAAGAAGGUCUGCUGUGCGGAGGAUGUGACACGCCAAUGUCACAUCCCGUGGGCUGGUAUUGGGGAGAAUAUAGCCCACCCUGUGCUAAAGGAUCUGCAAUCCAAGGGGACCAUGCUGAAGAUUCACUGCUUCGAAGGUGACGAGAGCUUCGUGCCCGGGAACUUCCAGAUGAUUAUAGAGAAAAGCCCAUCUCUCCAGAGUGCAGUCCAGGCUUUCCAACGUGGCGGCGUGAAGAACCCUAUGGAUCGGAUCAUGUACCAUUUGUUUGCAUCCCUGGGCUUCGCUGCAAGAUAUGAUGGUGCCGCGCUGUUUGAUGAAUCCACGUUCGUGGGAGCUUUGUUCCGCAAGAGCGUGGGCAGCUUCACUGAGAUCCCCAGGGAUCCCCUGGAAGAUGGGCCGGGCGCCAUCUGCGCAAGUGACGGCGGCGUCUGCCAGUGUAAGGGCAAAGUCUUCUUUGGCCGGCGCUUCGUGAACGACCAGACUGAGCCCAAGGCUGAACUCAAGGAUCUCGUGAAAAGGAAGCACGCCGUCAAAGAUGUAGACGGGGAAAUCAGCUGCACGGUGGCCGUCUUCGGAGACCCUCUUUUCACGGUGCCAAAGCAUUGCAUCUGCCAGCCCAGUUCCGGGUCUUCGAAGGAAAAGAGCGCUUCCCCCUUUACGCAUGCUUACGCUAGCCGCCAGUUUCUGCUGGGCGGUGGCGAAGCCGGCCCCGCUGCUCCGUUUCUUGCGGCUAGGCUGCGGCUUCCACUGCGCGCGGAGGCGGGAACAUGCAUGGCUGCAGUCUUUCCGUGUCUUUCCUUGGCUUACACGCACGGUGACACCCUGGCACGUUCUGAAACCGCGGAUACCGGAGUCUCUGACCACCCGAAGUUGCAGCCGCGCAGUGUUUGGGGACCUGCCAGGAGCAAGCCGCCUGCAAAGCCGGACAAGGAGGUGGCGACGCUGACGCUUCCUUCGGAAGGAUCGGUGGGGCCGGUGCCACGAGGACGGAGCCAGCAGGGGGUGCUGGAGAAGGUUUUGUCGUCCGAGAGCGCCUUAGUCAACGGCUGGGAGGAUGAGAUUCGGAUGUGGUGCCGGGCUCUCUGUGAAGACUGGCGCUUCCUGACGUUGACCACCGUACUGACCUUUGGUGCCCUUCUCGGGGAUGACCUGCGGCUUCUGGCGACAGGCAAAGAAGCCGACAACUUCUUCAACGUCUUGAUUGUUGUGGCCUUUAUUGUUUUCACAGUGGAGAUAAUAGCAGCUUCCUUGGGCGACCGGUCCUACCUGUUUAGCUUCUUCUUUUACCUUGAUACGCUGGCAACUGUGACCAUGCUUGUAGACCUCACUUGGUUUGGAAACUUGCUCUACUGCAAAGACUACAGCUCGUUUAGCGGUGCGACAACAGGCAGCUUGGAAGGUGCAGUCGCAAACCUGGCCGACACUCGUGCCGCGCGGACAGUUCGGAUUCUGCGGCUCAUACGGCUUGGGAAGCUGUACAAGUUUUACCAGCGGGGUAUGGAGAUUGCCAAAUCCACCGAGCGCCUCUACGCAGUUCCUCCCGGCAACCCCAACGAGGAGAUGUGGGACCUGACGGAGUCGGGCUAUCACGACAACAAGGAGGACUCAGAGAUGGAUGGCCACGCAGAAACCAGAGUUGGGAAGAAGCUCUCCAACAUGACCUCGCGAAGGGUCAUCGUGCUGACUCUCAUUAUGCUGUUCUGUUCAGACUUCUUCAACGCCGAGAGCUGGGGACAAGAGUUCAAGAGCUCUGGGGCUAUGGGAGCGGACCUUGUGUACGAGCGAUUUCGAUCCUGGUGCCCUACAUCCAUCCCUGGAAUCCCAUGGUGCCUGCAAGCUUUUCCAGAUGAGACUCCUGUGAACCGGGAGGAAGAGCGCAGCUGGUACGAGCAGUACCUGGUGAGCUUCGUUCGGAGCCACUUGAGCGGCUCAUUUGCGUGGCGUUUGUACUGGUUGGGUGUCAAGUCUGAAACAAUGCUGGCACACAAUGGGAGUGAAACGACGGCAGACUUCCUUGGUUCUCUCGGACGGCUGAACCAAGAUCGUUUUCUGGGAAGGGCACUUCCUGAGGAUGAGCUCUGGCGCUGGGACGAGUUCAGCUCCUGGGACCCACAUGGGCCCAUUCCAGAAGAGGUGAAGAAGCGCCUCGCAGAUCCUUGGCGAGAGCAAUGCCUGGGCUUCUAUGGCGUUCCCGUCUCUCCCGAGAGCCAAACCUUCACUUGGUCGACGGCGUGCUCUGUGACCGACACGCUCCGUUGUAACGAGGUGCACUACAACACCCCCAUGGCAAAGACCGGAGAAGAGAGGGGCAAUGUGGACUUGCUGUUCGCCUUCGACACGCGGCCGGUAACGCAGAGUGCUGCGGGCUUGAACAUGCUGCAGACCUGCUUCAUUUGCCUCGCUUUGGCUGCCGGUGCGAUCUCCUUCGCGCGGGACGCCCACGCGCUGCUGCUGGGACCGCUCGAGCGGAUCCUCGUGAAGCUCGAGGCCAUCAGGAAGAACCCUCUGCAUGCGAUGAAGCUGGGCGACAUCGACUUCAGGAUGCAAGAGCUCGAAGAGGAGGAGGAAGCCAACAGGCAGGGAUGCUGUCGGAAGAAGAAGGAGACCAACGAUUUAGAAACUCUCGAGACGGCGAUCUUGGAGAGGACCCUGAUCAAGCUUGGUGGCCUGCUCGCGCUCGGCUUUGGAGAGGCGGGUGCAGAGAUCAUCGUCCACAACAUGCAGGGCGGAGCUACCGCCGAGCUGAACGCCAUGGUGCCAGGCCAAGAAGUAGAGGCCGUGUUCGGCUUCUGCAGCAUCCGCAACUUCACCGAUGCCACUGACGUGCUUAAGGAGAAGGUGAUGGUCUUCGUCAACCAGGUCAGUGAGAUCGUACAUGGCAUUUGCGACACCUACCAUGGCUCGCCCAACCAAAACAUUGGCGGCAACUCUUUCCUGGUGGUCUGGCGUUUGCGCGGAAAGGACGCAGAGGUUAGAAGCAAGAUCGCUGACAUGGCGGUGAUGUCCUUUGUUUGCAUCACCAUCGAAGUGCAGAAGUCAAACAUCCUCGCAGCCUAUCGAACUCACCCUGGGCUCCAACAGCGCUUCCCAGACUUCCGAGUCUCGCUGGGCUUUGGCCUACACUGCGGCUGGGCUAUUGAGGGCGCGAUCGGCAGCGAGUACAAGAUCGAUGCAUCCUACUUGUCUCCGAAUGUGAACGUGGCCUCACAGCUCGAAGCGGCUUCGACACAGCUACAGCUGUGGAUCUUGAUGUCGAGCUUUAUGGUGAAGCUCUGCAGCAAAGAGCUGAUGGAGUACCUUCGCAUGGUCGACCACGUCAUGCUGGAAGGCUCCAAGAAAUGCUUGCGGCUAUUCACUUUGGACUUGGACCACGCGAAGAUCCACGUGAAGCCACGACUACGAGGCCGCAAGAAGGUCUACAACCGGUACAAGGUCAGACAGAUGAGGGAAGCAGUAAAAAACGAGCUGUGGACUGCAGACUUUAACUUGUGCGAGACCUUGGCAAACCACUCAGACUUCGUGGUGAUGCGUGAGCCCUACUCCAAGGAGUUUUUCGAGAGAUUUGCCGUGGGGUUUCGCAACUACGAAGCCGGUGAGUGGCUGGUAGCUCGGGAUCUCUUCCUGACCUGCCACUACUCAGAGGAGAGCUGCAAAAACAGCGACACGCAGCCACAGCCACCACCACAAGACGGCCCAGUCAAAGCCCUUCUGGGCUUCAUGGAGAAGUACGACUACGAGCCGCCUUUGGAUUGGCAAGGGCUCGGCGAGUGGACCGUGGAGGACGUGGUGCACUGGUCUUUGACGACAACUUUGUCUCCAGAGGUGGCGUCUUGGCUCCGGAAGCACGAGGUGUCGGGUGCCGUGCUGCGAACUCUGGAUGAGGCCGAACUUGCCGUCUUUGCCUCGGAAGGAUCGGAAGGGACUGAGAUCUUGCUGAUUUUACCAAUCAUUUGCGAGGUGAGGAGCUCCUGGCAGGGAGCCGAGAGUGCGGUGGUCUUCCAUAAUGCUCGCGACUCCGUCGCGAACCCGUGCGUGCCGUUCCAGGCAGAGGAUGCGGCCAAGGAGAAGAAAGCAAACGGCCCCAGGACGUGCCACAAGUGCAUUUUUCAGUGGAGUGCUUGCCGGCAUUGGGGAAUCUCGUCGCAAGAUGCCGCAAGUUUGCAGCCACUUGGAUCCAUGCCCCAUAGAACGGUUGCUCUCUGCCAUGUGGCCUUGCUACUGCAUGCGACACCGACAAGCGGAUUCGCGAAAGUGGAAUUCGAUGUUGUCGGUCCACAAAAUGAGAGGCAGGAGUCGGUGGCGGCGGCUUUCCUUCAUGCUUGGAAUGCCUACAAGGUCCACUGCUGGGGCCAGGACGAGCUUCGACCGGUCACACAGACCUGCAGCAAGGACUUCGGAGGUCUGGGCGUGCAGAUCAUCGAUGCGUUGGACUCACUUUGGCUUCUGGGGCUUCAGGAGGACUACUACGAAGCCGAGAGGUGGGUCCUUCGGAAUUUCACCUCUGACCUUGAUGUGACAGUUAGCGUGUUCGAGACGGUCAUCCGUGUGCUGGGCGGGCUUCUCUCCGCUUACGGGCUAAGCGGGCAACUGCAGCUUCUUGCUCAUGCGGCACAGCUGGGGCGGCGUCUUAUGCGUGCCUGGCGCGAGGGCCCAGUGCCCCAUGAGCUGGUGAACCUGAAGACUGGCCAGACCGGCUUCAAAGAGCCGGAAUUCGGAUCCACCUUGGCAGAAGUGGGCACGAUCCAGGGUGAGUUCACAUUGCUUAGUGCUUGGACAGGUGACCCGACUUUCCACACCAGAGGCAACCAUGUAAUGGAUUUGCUGGGAACCCUGCUGGUUGACCACGGUGGGCUUCUACCCAUCAUGAUAGACCCACAGCCACCCAUGCACUGGACGAAUGCAAGAGUCACCCUCGGUGGUCGCGGUGACUCGUUCUAUGAGUACUUGCUUAAGCAGUGGCUCAUCACGAAUCGCACAGUGGAGAAGUACAAAUCCUGGUAUCAGCUGUGCGUCGAUGGCAUUCGCCGUGCUUUCGUCGGCCAGUCCCGCCCUUCCAACUUCACCUUCGUUCGUGAAGUCAUUGCUUGGGAGUCAAUCUCACAACUUGUUCCUCCAUCGGAUCGAUGGCAGUGGGAUCCGGAGAACCUGACCGCGGAAGAGUUGCCUGGUCUGGCCUUCUUCUUCCAGUUCCAUGACGCCUCGCAGACGGCAUCGAACAGCUCGGAGUCAGGGCGACAGGAAUUGAACGGAGAGAAGGCCUCUGCAAGUUCGCCUGCAUCGUCGGCUGACAUGGAAGGAGUGACGCAUCAGCUGCAAAACGGAUCUGAACAACCUUUGCAGAAUCGAUCGCAGCCUUCAUGGGCGUACAUCAUCAUCCCGUCUAUGUCACCGGACACUGCAUGUGUUUUGAUGGAGCUCCUGCAGUCGCAUCGUUGGGACGUCGCCAGCAAAAUGAUGGCAAUCAUAUUGCCGCCCCCACACGAGCAGCUCUCGGCAAGCAGCCAAUACAGGAUUGAUGCAAUGCUCAGUGGUCAGCUCCGAGACCUUUGCCACAGCGGACAGGAGUUCAAGAUGGACCACCUCUCCUGUUUCUUCCCCGGGGUGCUGGCACUGGGAGUCCUUACCGGAGCAGCGGCAGAGCCAACAGAGGAGUUGCUCUUGGCGCAAGAGUUGACCGAGAGCUGCACCAGGAUGUGGUUAGACUCGCCUCGAGGCUUGGCUCCCGAGAGCGUCCUUUGGAAUCGAGCGCCUCAGCGCUCCCGAGACUUUCGGGCCACACCGAAAGAUGCCCACUGCAGCUUGAGACCAGAGGUCGUCGAGUCCCUGUGGUACCUGUAUCUUGCAACCGGGGACCCCAAAUAUCAAGAUUGGGGCUGGUCCAUUUUCCAGGCAAUUGAAGCCUUCGCUCGUUUGGAUUCCGGUGGUUACAGCAGCAUCCAGGAUGUGACAGUUCAAUCUGAGCUGGACCGUCGUGACGAGAUGCACACUUUCCUGCUGAGUGAGACGUUCAAGUACCUGUUCUUGCUCUUUGGAGACAAGCAGCCCCUGGACCUCAACAAGACCGUGCUCAACACGGAGGGCCAUCCGCUACCAGUCCUUGGUGGCAUCGAGAUGCAGAAAAUUAAGCGCGGAGCGUGCUGA